AUCCCUGAACUUUCUGGAACUUUCUGCAUUGGUGUACAUUCCGAUUCUCUAAAGUGUUCUCUUCAUCGAAAUGAGGUUUGGUUAGGUUCUCAGGCGGGAAAACUGUUGUUGAAUACUGUGAAAUAUCGUUGAUAUAAAUAAGUUUUUAAUUAAUUUGCAAGAUGCCAGACAUCACAAUUAAUGAUAUUAUUGUCAGUUUCCCUUUUAAACCAUAUUCUGUACAAGAGGAAUAUAUGCGUAAAGUGAUAGAAUGCCUACAAAAUGGUCAACACGGUGUUCUGGAAUCUCCCACAGGUACUGGGAAAACUCUCAGUCUACUAUGUUCUUCCUUAAGUUGGCUCUUAGCAAAAAAAGCUCAAUUACAAGCUCAAGUAAUAGCAAUUGAAAAGAAAGAUCUUGGAGGGAAUUUUUUUAAGCAUUUAACUAGUGGGCUUGAAAAAGCAGCAGGAGUACCUGAUAAUCCUCAAAAUUUUGGUUGGGCUAUGCCCAAAAUUAUUUAUGCAUCUCGAACACAUUCCCAACUUUCUCAAGCUAUGCAUGAGUUGAAAAGAACCUCUUAUAAACAUAUACCCACAGCUGUGCUGGGAUCUCGAGACCAAUUGUGUAUACAUCCAGAGGUUUCUAAAGAACCAACAACUUUUAAUAAAAUACAUAUGUGCCAUUCUAAAGUAAAGUCAAGAACUUGUUUUUAUUUCAAUAAUGUUGAGGCUAGAAAGGAUGAUCCCACCUUUAGACAAGAAGUAUUAGACAUAGAAGACUUAGUUAAAGCUGGACAGAAGCAUAAAUGUUGCCCUUAUUUCUUAGCAAAGGAAUUAAAGCAGAGUGCAGAUAUUGUUUUUAUGCCUUAUAAUUAUCUAUUGGACCCUAAAACACGAAAGUCACAGGGUAUAGAUUUACAAAAUACUGUAGUUUUGCUGGAUGAAGCUCACAAUGUUGAAAAAGUUUGUGAGGAAGCAGCAUCACUACAGAUAAGUAGUACAGAUGUUGCAAUGUGCAUCGAUGAAGUAACUGGAGUAAUGCGAGAUAUAUCUAAGGAAGUAGAAUUACAGAAUGACUUUUUAACAGAGAAUAAUGUUCAAAAAGAUUUCACAGCAGAAGAUUUGUGUAUCUUAAAAGCAAUGUUUUUGGAACUGGAGAAAGCAAUUGAUUCUAUUGAACUGAAGAAUCGUAAUGAAGGAGACACCUUGCCGGGUGGAUUCAUUUUUGAACUACUUGAAAAAGCACAGUUAACACAUGGCAAAGAGCAAAUUGUGGUGGAGAAAUUGGAGAAGAUUAUUUUGUAUCUGACAACUAUCAGUACUUCGCCAUUUACAAGAAAAGGAAACGCGCUACAAAAAUUCAGUGAUUUACUGAAAACUGCUUUUAAUAGCGGUAUUUCUGUCGCGCGUCACAAGGAAAAAGUGAUGCGCUGUUACAAGGUUCAUAUACAGAUAGAAGAGCAAAAAAAGAACUACAAGAAUGACGUUUGGGAGAGCAAAAAAACAACGACAAAGACGGAUGGAAAACUUAUCAGUUAUUGGUGUUUCAGUCCUGGCUUUGGGAUGCAACAAAUGGUAGAACAGGGAGUACGUUCAGUAGUACUUACGAGUGGUACAUUGUCUCCGUUAAAACCAUUUAUAUCUGAACUUGGUAUACCAAUCGCCGUCCAAUUAGAGAACCCACACAUUGUAACAAAGGAACAAGUGUGUGUUGGUGUCCUCAGUCAAGGGCCGGAUAACCAUCCGCUUAAUUCAUCUUAUAAUACAAGGAAUGAUCCGAAAUAUAUUGCAUCUCUAGGAAGAACGUUGUAUAACUUCAGUUGUAUCGUACCACAUGGUUUAUUAAUAUUUUUCCCUUCGUAUCCAAUCAUGAGGAAGUGUAGAGAUGAGUGGCAAAAUAUGGGUCUAUGGACGCAAAUUUCCGAACGUAAGCCUAUUUAUGUAGAACCCAAUUCCAAGGAUGGUUUUGUCAAUGUGAUGAAUGAAUAUUACCAAAAGAUUAAAGACCCGUUGUGUAAAGGUGCUAUUUUUAUGGCAGUAUGCAGAGGUAAAGUCAGCGAAGGUCUAGACUUUGCAAAUGCAAACGGUAGAGCUGUAUUAAUCAUCGGUCUUCCAUUUCCACCUUUGAAGGAUCCACGAGUUAUGUUGAAGCAAAGGUAUUUGGAAGAAAUAAGGACUACAGAGAAACAGGGUUUAACCGGACAAGAAUGGUAUCAACUCGAAGCAUCACGGGCUGUUAAUCAAGCUAUUGGUCGAAUAAUAAGACAUAAAAACGACUAUGGUGCUGUGAUACUCUGUGAUUGUAGAUUUGAAAAUCCAAACUUUAAAAAACAAUUAUCUGCUUGGCUUAGACCGUACAUAAAAAAAUUUACGAAUUUCGGAAUAAUCACAAAAGAAUUGCGAGAAUUCUUUAAAUAUGCAGAAAGUACUUUGCCACAACCUGGUAUCACUCAUUCACAAUAUGGAAAUGAUGUUAUUUCACUACCUGCUGUGGGUGCUACCUUUGAAACAACAGUGCCUCGCUCGCUUAAACAGAAAGCGGAAACUAGUACCCUUAUGACAAAAUCUACGAACGAUAGUUUUAACAUAAAUACGUAUUUAGAUGAAAGUGCAAAAGAUAAACAGUCACUGAAGCCACAAUCCUCAAUCAAUUUUAGUAGUUGCAAAUUAAAAGACUAUCAAAGUACUUGUGAACUAGCAAAACACAUCGAUGAACCAGCCAUAAAACGAAGAAAAAUUAAUAUUUUGCCAUCCAAAAUUGAUGCAUAUUUUUCUGGCCCUUCAACGGUUCCGUUGACAGAUCCAGAAAGUAAUACUGCAGGUCCUAUACAAAUUAAUAAGGAAACGGAUAAGAGUGAUAAAAAGACAUUAGGAAAACAAUACUUAAAAGAUGUAAAACAAACAUUAUCAGAGAGUGAUUAUAAAUUAUUUGCGACAAUGAUACAAAGUUAUACACAAAGUGGCGAUUUUGAAAAAUUAUUAAAAACAUUGUCGAUUUUAUUUCCACCAACUGGCCGGUUGCAAUAUUUGUUUACAGGGUUUAAAAGUUUUUUAAAGAAACAACAUAUAGCAACUUUUGAGAAUUAUACGAAGAAUAUAAGACAUCCUUAAUUCAAUCAGUUUGGAAUAUUUACCAGACAUAAUGCAAAUGUUAAGUAUACAUGUAUAUAUUCUUAUUUAUUUAAUUAAACUAUUUUUAGUGUAGAUUAAUAAAAGUAAACAUUUUUUAUUAA